AUGCUGCUGGUGAAUAGCUAUGGCAGCUCUCCUGUAAAAUGCCUCAUCCUCCAUACUGCACUGGGGGUGCUGCUGCUGAUCAUCACAGCCCUCUUGGCCAACUCUGGUAGCCUACCUACUGUUUAUUACUCAUAAUAACCCUUCUCUGGUAGCCUACCUACUGUUUAUCACUCAUAAUAACCCUACUCUGGUAGCCUACCUGCUGUUUAUCACUCAUAAUAACCCUACUCUGGUAGCCUAACUGCUGUUUAUUACUCAUAAUAACCCUACUCUGGUAGCCUACCUACUGUUUAUCACUCAUAAUAACCCUACUCUGGUAGCCUACCUGCUGUUUAUCACUCAUAAUAACCCUACUCUGGUAGCCUACCUACUGUUUGUUACUCAUAAUAACCCUACUCUGGUAGCCUACCUGCUGUUUAUUACUAAUAAUAACCCUAACCCUACUCUGGUAGUCUACCUACUGUUUAUUACUCAUAAUAACCCUACUCUGGUAGCCUACCUGCUGUUUAUUACUCAUAAUAACCCUACUCUGGUAGCCUACCUACUGUUUAUUACUCAUAAUAACCCUACUCUGGUAGCCUACCUACUGUUUAUCACUCAUAAUAACCCUACUCUGGUAGCCUACCGGCUGUUUAUCACUCAUAAUAACCCUACUCUGUUAGCCUACCUACUGUUUAUCACUCAUAAUAACCCUACUCUGGUAGCCUACCUACUGUUUAUCACUCAUAAUAACCCUACUCUGGUAGCCUACCUGCUGUUUAUCACUCAUAAUAACCCUACUCUGGUAGCCUACCUACUGUUUGUUACUCAUAAUAACCCUACUCUGGUAGCCUACCUGCUGUUUAUUACUCAUAAUAACCCUAUCCCUACUCUGGUAGCCUACCUACUGUUUAUUACUCAUAAUAACCCUACUCUGGUAGUCUACCUACUGUUUAUUACUCAUAAUAACCCUACUCUGGUAGCCUACCUAUGGUUUAUUACUCAUAAUAACCCUACUCUGGUAGUAUACCGACUGUUUAUUACUAUUAAUAACCCUACUCUGGUAGCCUACCUGCUGUUUAUUACUCAUAAUAACCCUACUCUGGUAGUCUACCUACUGUUUGUUACUCAUAAUAACCCUACUCUGGUAGCCUACCUGCUGUUUAUUACUAAUAAUAACCCUAACCCUACUCUGGUAGUCUACCUACUGUUUAUCACUCAUAAUAACCAUACUCUGAUAGCCUACCUACUGUUUAUCACUCAUAAUAACCCUACUCUGGUAGCCUACCUACUGUUUAUCACUCAUAAUAACCCUACUCUGGUAGCCUACCUACUGUUUAUUACUCAUAAUAACCCUACUCUGGUUGCCUACCUACUGUUUAUUACUCAUAAUAACCCUACUCUGGUAGCCUACCUACUGUUUGUUACUCAUAAUAACCCUACUCUGGUAGCCUACCUGCUGUUUAUUACUCAUAAUAACCCUAUCCCUACUCUGGUAGUCUACCUACUGUUUAUUACUCAUAAUAACCCUACUCUGGUAGCCUACCUACUGUUUAUCACUCAUAAUAACCCUACUCUGGUAGUCUACCUACUGUUUAUUACUCAUAAUAACCCUACUCUGGUAGCCUACCUACUGUUUAUUACUCAUAAUAACCCUAACCCUACUCUGGUAGCCUACCUACUGAUUAUCACUCAUUAUAACCCUACUCUGGUAGCCUACCUGCUGUUUAUCACUCAUAAUAACCCUACUCUGGUAGCCUUCCUACUAAUUAUUACUCAUAAUAACCCUAACCCUACUCUGGUAGCCUACCUACUGAUUAUCACUCAUUAUAACCCUACUCUGGUAGCCUACCUGCUGUUUAUUACUCAUAAUAACCCUAACCCUACUCUGGUAGCCUACCUACUGUUUAUCACUCAUAAUAACACUACUCUGGUAGCCUACCUGCUGUUUAUCACUCAUAAUAACCCUACUCUGGUAGCCUACCUACUGUUUAUCACUCAUAAUAACCCUACUCUGGUAGCCUACCUACUGUUUAUAACUCAUAAUAACCCUAACCAUACUCUGGUAGCCUACCUACUGUUUAUCACUCAUAAUAACCCUACUCUGGUAGCCUACCUACUGUUUAUUACUAAUAAUAACCCUACUCUGGUAGCCUACCUGCUGUUUAUUACUCAUAAUAAUCAUACUCUGGUAGCCUACCUACUGUUUAUCACUCAUAAUAACCCUAUCCCUACUCUGGUAGCCUACCUACUGUUUAUUACUAAUAAUAACCCUACUCUGGUAGCCUACCUGCUGUUUAUUACUCAUAAUAACCCUAAUCUGGUAGCCUACCUACAGUUUAUCACUCAUAAUAACCCUAUCCCCACUCUGGUAGUCUACCUACUGUUUAUAACUCAUAAUAACUCUACUCUGUUACCCUACCUACUGUUUAUCACUCAUAAUAACCCUACUCUGGUAGCAUACCUACUGUUUAUUACUCAUAAUAACCCUACUCUGGUAGUCUACCUACUGUUUAUUACUAAUAAUAACCCUACUCUGGUAGCCUACCUGCUGUUUAUCACUCAUAAUAACCCUAUCCCUACUCUGGUAGCCUACCUGCUGUUUAAUACUAAUAAUAACCCUACUCUGGUAGCCUACCUACUGUUUGUUACUCAUAAUAACCCUACUCUGGUAGCCUACCUACUGUUUAUCACUCAUAAUAACCCUACUCUGGUAGCCUACCUACUGUUUGUUACUCACAAUAACCCUACUCUGGUAGCCUACCUGCUGUUUAAUACUAAUAAUAACCCUACUCUCGUAGCCUACCUACUGUUUGUUACUCAUAAUAACCCUACUCUGGUAGCCUACCUACUGUUUAUAACUCAUAAUAACCCUACUCUGGUAGCCUACCUACUGUUUGUUACUCAUAAUAACCCUACUCUGGUAGCCUACCUACUGUUUAUAACUCAUAAUAACCCUAACCAUACUCUGGUAGCCUACCUACUGUUUAUCACUCAUAAUAACCCUACUCUGGUAGCCUACCUGCUGUUUAUCACUCAUAAUAACCCUACUCUGGUAGUCUACCUGCUGUUUAUUACUCAUAAUAACCCUACUCUGAUAGUCUACCUACUGUUUAUCACUCAUAAUAACCCUACUCUGGUAGUCUACCUACUGUUUAUUACUCAUAAUAACCCUACUCUGGUAGCCUACCUACUGUUUAUUACUCAUAAUAACCCUAACCCUACUCUGGUAGCCUACCUACUGAUUAUCACUCAUUAUAACCCUACUCUAGUAGCCUACCUGCUGUUUAUAACUCAUAAUAACCCUACUCUGGUAGCCUACCUACUGUUUAUUACUCAUAAUAACCCUAACCCUACUCUGGUAGCCUACCUACUGAUUAUCACUCAUUAUAACCCUACUCUGGUAGCCUACCUGCUGUUUAUUACUCAUAAUAACCCUAACCCUACUCUGGUAGCCUACCUACUGUUUAUCACUCAUAAUAACACUACUCUGGUAGCCUACCUGCUGUUUAUCACUCAUAAUAACCCUACUCUGGUAGCCUACCUACUGUUUAUCACUCAUAAUAACCCUACUCUGGUAGCCUACCUACUGUUUAUAACUCAUAAUAACCCUAACCAUACUCUGGUAGCCUACCUACUGUUUAUCACUCAUAAUAACCCUACUCUGGUAGCCUACCUACUGUUUAUUACUAAUAAUAACCCUACUCUGGUAGCCUACCUGCUGUUUAUUACUCAUAAUAACCCUACUCUGGUAGCCUACCUACUGUUUAUCACUCAUAAUAACCCUAUCCCUACUCUGGUAGCCUACCUACUGUUUAUUACUAAUAAUAACCCUACUCUGGUAGCCUACCUGCUGUUUAUUACUCAUAAUAACCCUAAUCUGGUAGCCUACCUACUGUUUAUAACUCAUAAUAACUCUACUCUGUUACUCUACCUACUGUUUAUCACUCAUAAUAACCCUACUCUGGUAGCAUACCUACUGUUUAUUACUCAUAAUAACCCUACUCUGGUAGUCUACCUACUGUUUAUUACUAAUAAUAACCCUACUCUGGUAGCCUACCUGCUGUUUAUCACUCAUAAUAACCCUAUCCCUACUAUGGUAGCCUACCUGCUGUUUAAUACUAAUAAUAACCCUACUCUGGUAGCCUACCUACUGUUUGUUACUCAUAAUAACCCUACUCUGGUAGCCUACCUACUGUUUAUAACUCAUAAUAACCCUACUCUGGUAGCCUACCUACUGUUUGUUACUCAUAAUAACCCUACUCUGGUAGCCUACCUGCUGUUUAAUACUAAUAAUAACCCUACUCUGGUAGCCUACCUACUGUUUGUUACUCAUAAUAACCCUACUCUGGUAGCCUACCUGCUGUUUAUUACUCAUAAUAACCCUAAUCUGGUAGCCUACCUACAGUUUAUCACUCAUAAUAACUCCAUCCCCACUCUGGUAGUCUACCUACUGUUUAUAACUCAUAAUCACUCUACUCUGUUACCCUACCUACUGUUUAUCACUCAUAAUAACCCUACUCUGGUAGCAUACCUACUGUUUAUUACUCAUAAUAACCCUACUCUGGUAGUCUACCUACUGUUUAUUACUAAUAAUAACCCUACUCUGGUAGCCUACCUGCUGUUUAUCACUCAUAAUAACCCUAUCCCUACUCUGGUAGCCUACCUGCUGUUUAAUACUAAUAAUAACCCUACUCUGGUAGCCUACCUACUGUUUGUUACUCAUAAUAACCCUACUCUGGUAGCCUACCUACUGUUUAUAACUCAUAAUAACCCUACUCUGGUAGCCUACCUACUGUUUGUUACUCAUAAUAACCCUACUCUGGUAGCCUACCUGCUGUUUAAUACUAAUAAUAACCCUACUCUGGUAGCCUACCUACUGUUUGUUACUCAUAAUAACCCUACUCUGGUAGCCUACCUACUGUUUAUAACUCAUAAUAACCCUACUCUGGUAGCCUACCUACUGUUUGUUACUCAUAAUAACCCUACUCUGGUAGCAUACCUACUGUUUAUUACUCAUAAUAACCCUACUCUGGUAGCCUACCUACUGUUUGUUACUCAUAAUAACCCUACUAUGGUAGCCUACCUACUGUUUAUCACUCAUAAUAACCCUAACCAUACUCUGGUAGCCUACCUACUGUUUGUUACUCAUAAUAACCCUACUCUGGUAGCCUACCUACUGUUUAUUACUCAUAAUAACCCUAUUCUGGUAGUCUACCUACUGUUUAUCACUCAUAAUAACCCUACUCUGGUAGCCUACCAACUGUUUAUCACUCAUAAUAACCCUAACCCUACUCUUGUAGCCUACCUGCUGUUUAUUACUAAUAAUAACCCUACUCUGGUAGCCUACCUGCUGUUUAUUACUCAUAAUAACCCUACUCUGGUAGCCUACCUACUGUUUAUUUCUCAUAAUAACCCUACUCUGGUAUCCUACCUACUGUUUAUUACUCAUAAUAACCCUACUCUGGUAGCCUACCUACUGGUUAUUACUAAUAAUAACCCUACUCUGGUAGCCUACCUGCUGUUUAUUACUCAUAAUAACCCUACUCUGGUAGUCUACCUACUGUUUAUUACUAAUAAUAACCCUACUCUGGUAGCCUACCUGCUGUUUAUUACUCAUAAUAACCCUACUCUGGUAGCCUACCUACUGUUUAUCACUCAUAAUAACCCUAACCUUACUCUGGUAGCCUACCUGCUUUGUAUUACUAAUAAUAACCCUACUCUGGUAGCCUACCUACUAUUUAUCACUCAUAAUAACCCUAACCCUACUCUGGUAGCCUACCUACUGCUUGUCACUCAUAAUAAUCCUACUCUGGUAGUCUACCUACUGUUUAUUACUAAUAAUAACCCUACUCUGGUAGCCUACCUGCUGUUUAUCACUCAUAAUAACCCUAUCCCUACUCUGGUAGCCUACCUGCUGUUUAUUACUAAUAAAAAUCCUACUCUGGUAGCCUACCUGCUGUUUGUUACUCAUAAUAACCCUACUCUGGUAGUCUACCUUCUGUUUAUUACUCAUAAUAACCCUACUCUGGUAGCCUACCUACUGUUUAUCACUCACAAAACUCUAUCGCUACUCUGGUAGCCUACCUACUGUUUAUUACUCAUAAUAACGGUAACCCUACUCUGGUAGUUUACCUACUGUUUAUUACUCAUAAUAACCCUACUCUGGUAGCCUACCUACUGUUUAUCACUAAUAAUAACCCUACUCAGGUAGCCUACCUGCUGUUUAUUACUCAUAAUAACCCUACUCUGGUAGCCUACCUACUGUUUAUCACUCAUAAUAACCCUACUCUGGUAGCCUACCUGCUGUUUAUUACUAAUAAUAACCCUACUCUGGUAGCCUAACUGCUGUUUAUUACUUAUAAUAACCCUACUCUGGUAGCAUAACUGCUGUUUAUUAUUCAUAAUAACCCUACUCUGGUAGCCUACCUCCUGUUUAUCACUCAUAAUAACCCUACUCUGGUAGCCUACCUGCUGUUUAUUACUAAUAAUAACCCUACUCUGGCAGCCUAACUGCUGUUUAUUAUUCAUAAUAACCCUACUCUGGUAGCCUACCUGCUGUUUAUUACUCAUAAUAACCCUACUCUGGUAGUCUACCUACUUUUAUCACUCAUAAUAACCCUACUCUGGUAGUCUACCUACUGUUUAUCACUCAUAAUAACCCUACUCUGGUAGCCUACCUGCUGUUUAUUACUCAUAAUAACCCUACUCUGAUAGUCUACCUACUGUUUAUCACUCAUAAUAACCCUACUCUGGUAGCCUACCUGCUGUUUAUCACUCAUAAUAACCCUACUCUGGUAGCCUUCCUACUGUUUAUUACUCAUAAUAACCCUACUCUGGUAGCCUACCUGCUGUUUAUUACUCAUAAUAACCCUACUCUAGUAGCCUACCUGCUGUUUAUUACUCAUAAUAACCCUACUCUGGUAGCCUACCUGCUGUUUAUUACUCAUAAUAACCCUACUCUAGUAGCCUACCUGCUGUUUGUUACUCAUAAUAACCCUACUCUGGUAGCCUAACUGCUGUUUAUUACUCAUAAUAACCCUACUCUGGUAGCCUACCUAUUGUUUAUCACUCAUAAUAACCCUACUCUGGUAGCCUAACUGCUGUUUAUUACUCAUAAUAACCCUACUGUGAUAGCCUACCUGCUGUUUAUUACUCAUAAUAACCCUACUCUGGUAGCCUACCUACUGUUUGUUACUCAUAAUAACCCUACUGUGGUAGCCUACCUGCUGUUUAUUACUAAUAAUAACCCUACUCUGGUAGACUACCUACUGUUUGUCACUCAUAAUAACCCUACUCUGGUAGCCUACCUGCUGUUUAUUACUCAUAAUAACCCUACUCUGGUAGCCUACCUACUGUUUAUCACUCAUAAUAACCCUACUCUGGUAGCCUACCUGCUGUUUAUCACUCAUAAUAACACUACUCUGGUAGCCUACCUGCUGUUUAUUAUUCAUAAUAACCCUACUCUGGUAGCCUACCUCCUGUUUAUCACUCAUAAUAACACUACUCUGGUAGCCUACCUGCUGUUUAUUAUUCAUAAUAACCCUUCUCUGGUAGCCUACCUGCUGUUUAUUACUCAUAAUAACCCUACUCUGGUAGUCUACCUACUUUUAUCACUCAUAAUAACCCUACUCUGGUAGCCUACCUACUGUUUAUCACUCAUAAUAACCCUACUCUGGUAGCCUACCUGCUGUUUAUUACUCAUAAUAACCCUACUCUGGUAGCCUACCUACUGUUUAUCACUCAUAAUAACCCUACUCUGGUAGCCUACCUACUGUUUAUUACUAAUAAUAACCCUACUCUGGUAGCCUACCUGCUGUUUAUUACUCAUAAUAACCCUAACCCUACUCUGGUAGCCUAACUGCUGUUUAUUACUCAUAAUAACCCUAAUCUGGUAGCCUACCUACUGUUUGUUACUCAUAAUAACCCUACUCUGGUAGCCUACCUACUGUUUAUCACUCAUAAUAACCCUACUCUGUUAGCCUACCUACUGUUUGUUACUCAUAAUAACCCUACUCUGGUAGCCUACCUACUGUUUGUUACCCAUACUAACCCUACUCUGGUAGCCUACCUGCUGUUUAUUACUCAUAAUAACCCUACUCUGGUAGCCUACCUACUGUUUAUCACUCACAAUAACCCUACUCUGGUAGACUACCUACUGUUUGUUACUCAUAAUAACCCUACUCUGGUAGCCUACCUAAUGUUUAUCACUCAUAAUAACCCUACUCUGGUAGCCUACCUACUGUUUGUUACUCAUAAUAACCCUACUCUGGUAGCCUACCUACUGUUUGUUACUCAUAAUAACCCUACUCUGGUAGCCUACCUGCUGUUUAUCACUCAUAAUAACCCUACUCUGGUAGCCUACCUACUGUUUAUCACUCAUAAUAACCCUACUCUGGUAGCCUACCUGCUGUUUAUCACUCAUAAUAACCCUACUCUGGUAGCCUACCUACUGUUUAUUACUAAUAAUAACCCUACUCUGGUAGCCUACCUACUGUUUAUCACUCAUAAUAACCCUACUCUGGUAGUCUACCUACUGUUUAUCACUCAUAAUAACCCUACUUCAGUAGUCUACCUACUGUUUAUUACUCAUAAUAACCCUACUCUGGUAGCCUACCUACUGUUUAUUACUAAUAAUAACCCUACUCUGGUAGCCUACCUACUGUUUAUCACUCAUAAUAACCCUACUCUGGUAGCCUACCUACUGUUUGUUACUCAUAAUAACCCUACUCUGGUAGCCUACCUGCUGUUUAUUACUAAUAAUAACCCUACUCUGGUAGCCUACCUACUGUUUAUUACUCAUAAUAACCCUACUCUGGUAGCCUACCUGCUGUUUAUCACUCAUAAUAACCCUACUCUGGUAGCCUACCUGCUGUUUAUUACUAAUAAUAACCCUACUCUGGUAGACUACCUACUCAAUGACUAUCUAUCUAUCACCAUCGAUGACUAUCAAUCUAUCACUAUCAAUGGCUAUCUAUCUAUCUAUCUAUCUAUCUAUCACUAUCAAUUACUAUAUAUCUAUCACUAUCAAUGACUAUCUAUCUAUCACUAUCAAUGACUCUCUAUCUAUCUAUCACUAUCAAUUACUAUCUAUCUAUCACUAUCAAUGACUAUCUAUCUAUCACCAUCAAUGACUCUCUAUCUAUCUAUCACUAUCAAUGACUAUCUAUCUAUCUAUCACUAUCAAUUACUAUCUAUCUAUCACUAUCAAUGACUAUCUAUCUAUCACUAUCAAUGACUAUCUAUCUAUCACUAUCAAUAUCUAAUAAUCACUAUCAAUGACUAUCUAUCUAUCACUAUCAACUUAUUAACACUGUGUGUGUGCGUUUGUGCCUUUGUGCAUGUGUGUGUGUGUGUGUGUGUGUGUAGUGUAGUGUAAUGUAGUGUAAUUUACGUGAGCUAUUGUGAUGAGUAUGUCCUGUAUUCUUCCACCAGGCCCGUGGAUGGAGAUGUACCUGUCUCUCCCUGUCUCUACCUGUCUCUACCUGUCUCUCCCUGUCUCUACCGGUCUCUACCUGUCUCUACCUGUCUCUACCUGUCUCUCCCUGUCUCUACCUGUCUCUACCUGUCUCUACCGUCCCUCUCCCUGUCUCUACCGUCUCUACCUGUCCUCCCUGUCCUACCUGUCUCUCCCCUGUCUCUACUUGUCUUUACCUGUCUCUCCCUGUCUCUACCUGUCUCUACCUGUCUCUACCUGUCUCUCCCUGUCUCUCCCUGUCUCUACCUGUCUCUACCUGUCUCUACCUGUCUCUCCCUGUCUCUACCUGUCUCUACCUGUCUCUCCCUGUCUCUAACCUGUUCUCUGCUCCCUGUCUCUACUUGUGUCCUUAAAACCUGUCUCUACCGGUCUCUAACUGUCUUCUACCCUGUUCUACUGUCUCUCCCUGUCUCUACUGUCCCCCUUUCUCUCCCUUCUCGACCUGUCGCUACCUGGUCUCUACCGUCUCUCCCUGUCGCUCCCUGUCUCUUACCGUCCCUACCUGUCCCUGUCCUACUGUCUUCCUGUCUCUACCUGUCUCCUGUUCUAUCCUACCGUCUCCUGUCUCUACCUGUCUCUACCUGUCUCUACCUGUCUCUCCCUGUCUCUACCUGUCUCUCCCUGUCUCUCCCUGUCUCUACCUGUCUCUACCUGUCUCUACCUGUCUCUCCCUGUCUCUCCCUGUCUCUACCUGUCUCUACCUGUCUCUCCCUGUCUCUACCUGUCUCUACCUGUCUCUACCUGUCUCUCCCUGUCUCUACCUGUCUCUACCUGUCUCUCCCUGUCUCUACCUGUCUCUACCUGUCUCUACCUGUCUCUCUCCCUGUCUCUCCUCUACCUGUCUCUACCCUGUCUCAAUGCCCUGUCUCUACCUGUCUCUCCCUGUCCUCUACCCUGUCCUUCUUCUCCUGUCUCUACCUGUCUCUACCUGUCUCUACCUGUCUCUCCCUGUCUCUACCUGUCUCUACCUGUCUCUACCUGUCUCUCCCUGUCUCUACCUGUCUCUCCCUGUCUCUACCUGUCUCUACCUGUCUCUCCCUGUCUCUACCUGUCUCUCCCUGUCUUACCUGUCCUAAUGUCUCCUACUGUGGAUGGAGAUGUGGUUCUGGGGGAAUCAGGUAAAGACCAUCAGAGAACGCUCCAGAGAAAAUUAACCCAUGCCCCCUAACCCCUGACCAAACCCCUGGACCCCAACCCCUGACCCCUAAACCCCCUGACCUCUAACCCCAGAGCAGCCGAUCAGGAAACCCAGACUGUGUGGUGGUAGAUUAACUCAUCUUCUCAACCUGGGCGUAAGGAACCUAACCCCUGACCCUAACCCCUGACCCUACCCCUGACCUCUAACCCUAAGAGAAUCGCGAUCAGGAAACCCAGAACUGUGUGGUAGUACUCAUAUUAUCAACCUGGUUACGAACCAUAACCCUUGGACCCUAACCCCUGACCCAUAACAUCAGAGCAUGCCUAUAAGGAACCCAGAUGGCUGGUAGAACCAUUCUUAUUCACCUGGUACGAACCCUAAACCCCUGACCCUAACCCCUGAACCCUAACCCUCAGAGCAUCGCUAUCAGGAACCCAGACUGUGUGGUAGAUACUCAUCUUAUCAACCUGGUACGAACCCUAACCCCUGACCCCUAACCCCUGACCCCUAACCCUCAGAGCAUCGCUAUCAGGAACCCAGACUGUGUGGUAGAUACUCAUCUUAUCAACCUGGUACGAACCCUAACCCCUGACCCCUAACCCUCAGAGCAUCGCUAUCAGGAACCCAGACUGUGUGGUAGAUACUCAUCUUAUCAACCUGGUACGAACCCUAACCCCUGACCCCUAACCCCUGACCCCUAACCCUCAGAGCAUCGCUAUCAGGAACCCAGACAAUGUGGUAUAUCAUAGACCUAGUGCUGGGCUGGAACAAAAGCCUGCUCACCCUCUGUAGCUCUCAGGGACCAGGGUUUGUGGUCACUGUAUAUCUUAACUGAUGCUUCCCAUUCUUUCCCAUUAUUCUGCCCUGCAGGAGGGUCCCAUCGCUGUGACGUCAGCCAACCCCACCGGAGAAGCAGAGACCACACACCACAACCAGGUGUACGCCAAGCUGGGAGACCAGGUGUACGCCAAGCUGGGAGACCAGGUGUACGCCAAGCUGGGAGACCAGGUGUACGCCAAGCUGGGAGACCAGGUGUACGCCAAGCUGGGAGACCAGGUGCCCACACCUAAGCCUCAUUUAUACCUGCUGUUAACAGGUGUCCUUCGUCCUGAUCUUGUGUACAUUCUAAUUAUGCCCACAUUUUCUGAAAUACACUACAUGGCCGAAAGUAUGUGGACACCCCUUCAGAUUAGUGGAUUCGGCUACUUUCAGCCACACCCGUUGCAAUCUCCAUAGACAAACAUUGGCAGUAGAAUGGCCUUACUGAAGAGCUCAGUGACUUUCAACGUGUCGCCGUCAUAGGAUGCCACCUUUCCAACAAGUCAGUUCGUCAAAUUUCUGCCCUGCUAAAGCUGCCCCGGUCAACUGUAAGUGCUGUUAUUGUGAAGUGGAAACGUCUAGGAGCAACAACGGCUCAGCCGUGAAGUGGUAGACCACACAAGCUCACAGAACAGGACCACCUCCAUAUUAAUGCCCAUGAUUUUGGAAUGAGAUGUUCAACGAUAUAUCCACCUCCAGAUAGAAUAUAUUAACCUCAGAUAUAUCCACCUCUAGAUAGGAUAUAUUAACCUCAGAUAUAUCCACCUCUAGAUAGGAUAUAUCAACCUCAGAUAUAUCCACCUCUAGAUAGGAUAUAUUAACCUCAGAUAUAUCCACCUCUAGAUAGGAUAUAUUAACCUCAGAUAUAUCCACCUCUAGAUAGGAUAUAUUAACCUCAGAUAUAUCCACCUCUAGAUAGGAUAUAUUAACCUCAGAUAUAUCCACCUCUAGAUAGGAUAUUUUAUUUUAUUUAUUUAUUAUUUUACAAGGUAAAUUGACUGAGAACACUCAUUUACAGCAAUGACCUGGGGAAUAGUUACAGUUAUUUUGCGGGGCUGAAUGGAAGCAAGUCCGCUCUAAUGCUCUUGUGGCUGAAUGGAAGCAAGUCCCUGCAGCAAUGUUCCAACAUCUAGUGGAAAGCCUUCCCAGAAGAGUGGAGGCUGUUAUAGCAGCAAAGGGGGACCAACUCUAUAUUAAUGCCGAUGAUGUUUGACGAGCAGGUGUCCACAUACUUAGUGUCUGUCUACAUAUGCUAUUAAAAUCCGACCACUGUAUCCACAUUGUGAACACACUUCCUGGUCCCUUCCUUUAUGCAAAUUAUUUGACAGCUAUUCUUUCAAAAUAAUAUUGAUUAAUUUAUUUUCAGACACAUAUUGAUGCCAUAAGUCAAUGGUGCCACCUGUCAAUCAUUUUAGAAGGCGGGAUCAUUAUGAUUCGAAUGGUUUCUCUGUCCAGAUCCGUCAACACGUGUAAGCUAUCCAGACGCAAUGAGUGUCUGACUACCUCUGGAGGUGGUCAGGAAGAUCUGAUCACAAUCAGACCACAAUGUGUCUUUUAAUCGUCUACACCUGUCUGGAAACGUGGGCACAAUUAGAAUGUGGAUAAGAUCAGGACAAAGGAUGCAUGUUAGAACCAGGUAUAAACAGGGCUCUAGAAACACCAUUAUAAAGACUGAGAGAACUAAGAGAACUGCCGGGGCGGCAGGUAGCUUAGUGGUUAAGAGCGUUGUGCCAGUAACCGAAAGGUCGCUGGUUCUAAUCCCCGAGCCGACUAGGUGAAAAAUCUGUCGAUGUGCCCUUGAGCAAGGCACUUAACCCUAAUUGCUCAUGUAAGUCGCUCUGGAUAAGAGCGUCUGCUAAAUGACUAAAAAUAAAUAAAUACACUGAUAUAGACUGAUGAUCCAGCUGAGACACAGAUAUCAAUAUUACUGUAGUUCUGAUGAUCCAGCUGAGACACAGAUAUCAAUAUUACUGUAGUUCUGAUGAUCCAGCUGAGACACAGAUAUCAAUAUUACUGUAGUUCUGACGGUCAACAAUGUCUGUCUGUCUAUGUGGAUGGUGUGUUGUGUGAUGGGCCGUCCCCUGAGAACAGUGCCUCCACCAUUGUCGACUGCACCAAGAUAGAGAGUGGUCAUAUUGGAUUCUUCAGAGUGGGCCUCAUCCCCAAGUCUCAGGUAAACAAGGCUAGGGUUAGGGGUUAGGGGUUAGGGUUAGGGGUUAGGGAUUCUUCAGAGUGGCCUCAUCCCCAAGUCUCAGGUAAACAGGGCUAGGGCUAGGGUUAGAGUUAGGGUUAGGGCUAGGGUUAGGGUUAGGGUUAGGGCUAGGGUUAGGGUUAGGGGUUAGGGAUUCUUCAGAGUGGCCUCAUCCCCAAGUCUCAGGUAAACAGGACGCUAAAAUGACAUUAACCUUAAAUCUGACACCAUCUAAGCGCACCAACCAUUAACAUGACAAGACAGCACACACACACAGUGAGCUAAUGUGCAGGACGACUGGAAUCAAGGGUAUGGUUAUGGUAGUGUUUACUCUCUCUGUGUGUGUGUGUUGUGUGUGUGUGUGUGUGUGUGUGCGUGUGUGCGUGUGUGAGUGUGUGCGUGUGUGCCUGUGUGAGUGAGAGAGAGUGAGAGUGAGAGUGAGAGUGAGAGAGAGAGAGAGAGAGAGAGUUGUCUAUAACCUCUGUUUUCUGCGUGUUUCUCUGCCAGGUGCUCCAGAUCUUUGAGGAGGUCCAGAAGAGGAACUCCCACGGCCAGAUGAACCCUGGGUUUGAAGCAGACGUAACAUAGCCUGACCCUGACCUGACAGACCCUCAGAGACACACAGAACAACACAAUAUACAGUCCACAGAGUCCUCUCCAGUUCUACCAGCCACCCUGUCUCCUGUCUCCAGAGACACCUCUCCAGUUCUACCAGGCACCCUGUCUCCUGUCUCCAGAGACACCUCUCCAGUUCUACCAGCCACCCUGUCUCCUGUCUCCAGAGACACCUCUCCAGUUCUACCAGCCACCCUGUCUCCUGUCUCCAGAGACACCUCUCCAGUUCUACCAGCCACCCUGUCUCCAGAGACACCUCUCCAGUUCUACCAGCCACCCUGUCUCCUGUCUCCAGAGACACCUCUCCAGUUCUACCAGCCACCCUGUCUCCUGUCUCCAGAGACACCUCUCCAGUUCUAACCAGCCACCCUGUCUCCAGAGACACACCUCCAGUUCUACCAGCCACCCUGUCUCCAGAGACACCUCUCCAGUUCUACCAGCCACCCUGUCUCCUGUCUCCAGAGACACCUCUCCAGUUCUACCAGCCACCCUGUCUCCUGUCUCCAGAGACACCUCUCCAGUUCUACAGCCACCCGUCCUGUCCAGAGACACCUUCAGUCUACCAGCCACCCUGUCUCCUGUCUCCAGAGACACCUCUCCAGUUCUACCAGCCACCCUGUCUCCAGAGACACCUCUCCAGUUCUACCAGCCACCCUGUCUCCUGUCUCCAGAGACACCUCUCCAGUUCUACCAGCCACCCUGUCUCCUGUCUCCAGAGACACCUCUCCAGUUCUACCAGCCACCCUGUCUCCUGUCUCCAGAGACACCUCUCCAGUUCUACCAGCCACCCUGUCUCCUGUCUCCAGAGACACCUCUCCAGUUCUACCAGCCACCCUGUCUCCAGAGACACCUCUCCAGUUCUACCAGCCACCCUGUCUCCUGUCUCCAGAGACACCUCUCCAGUUCUACACAGCCACCCUGUCUCCUGUCUCCAGAGACACCUCUCCAGUUCUACCAGCCACCCUGUCUCCUGUCUCCAGAGACACCUCUCCAGUUCUACCAGCCACCCUGUCUCCUGUCUCCAGAGACACCUCUCCAGUUCUACCAGCCACCCUGUCUCCUGUCUCCAGAGACACCUUUUCAGUUCUACCAGCCACCCUGUCUCCUGUCUCCAGAGACACCUCUCCAGUUCUACCAGCCACCCUGUCUCCAGAGACACCUCUCCAGUUCUACCAGCCACCCUGUCUCCAGAGACACCUCUCCAGUUCCACCAGCCACCCUGUCUCCUGUCUACAGAGACACCUCUCCAGUUCUACCAGCCACCCUGUCUCCUGUCUACAGAGACACCUCUCCAGUUCCACCAGCCACCCUGUCUCCAGAGACACCUCUCCAGUUCUACCAGCCACCCUGUCUCCUGUCUCCAGAGACACCUCUCCAGUUCCACCAGCCACCCUGUCUCCUGUCUCCAGAGACACCUCUCCACUUCCAUUAG